CUGGAUGGUACUGACGAAUUUUGAACCUUUGCUAAAGACUUCAAGGUUUGAGAGUUUAACUAUCAAUGGCUGCCGGGAACUUGAUUUCGAUACGAUAGAAGGGAAUAUGAGGAAAGUUGCAAUCAAAAACUGCGACUUUUCCAUUAACUGCACCUUUGACCUCCCUAGAGUUGACAUACUCAAGUACUCUGGAGAUCUUUUCCGCUUCGAAUUCGAUAAUAUGAAUACCAUCAUAAGCGAAGUUGAAUUUGAUUUCCGGGUGUUGGACAAUAACAAUGAUGAAUCAAAUGAUUCGACCACCGCAGAAGGAGGCAUGCUUUGUCAUCUCCUUAACAAUCUCCUUGAUGAUGGUGGUCGAACUGCUACGACCUUAACGGUCUGUCCGUUUCUACUCAAGAUGAUUCCAAGAUCUGAGCAUCCACAUUUUCUUCGCCCGAUGGAAACAAAACAUUUAGUGCUGAAGACGGAAUUGCAUCCGAGAGAGUUCAAUGGAAUUAGGCUUCUUCUCCUUAAUUGCCCAAAAUUGGAAACACUCACUAUAGAUUUGCUUCCUCCAAGCCCCAUUGCAACGGCUUCAUCAUAUGCUGGCAUAGAUCCACAGACAUACUGGAUGCAAAACAUAUCAUAUGAGUGUCAGAGAGAGACUCUGAAAGCAGUUGUGGUGAAGAACUUCGCUGGUGGAGAAAAUGAGCUGCACAUAGUGAAGUUUUUUAUUCAGUCUGAAUGUGAGCAUCUGGAGAGAGUUGAGCUGUACAUGCCGUUUGAUUUGGACGAGGGUCGAAAGAUGUUUGCAAAUGCCAAAUCUGAAAUGCUGCAACGCAGUUCCAACCGUGUCCAAGUUGUUGUGCACAAUUCUUGAAGAGGUGAUCUAUUCAAGACUUUACUACCGGGUUUACUUUGCCAUUUAAUAAUGUUUUCGAGUCUGUUUUAAUAACUUCAAGAAUGGAUGUUCUUGUUUGAAUCUGUUAAGUUUGUUUCGGUUUAUUUGUUUUAUGAAUAAGAGCCUCAUGAAAAACGAGGGCUUGGUUAUCUCUAUGAACCAAAGAAAAACUUUGAUCUCUUUUAAAGAUUUGGUUAUUGUUUCCUGCUUAAUUUCAUUUUAGUUCAUGUUCCGUUAUUGUUGUUCCUGCUUAAUGUCAUCUUUAGUUCGUAUUCGAUUUUGGUUUUGUUUAAUUCAAGGAAUAUGUACUAUAAAGAUGUAUAUGCAAGAACUCAAUUUCUAGUUAAAACCUGUGGUUUUUCUUCUCUUUUUUUUUUUUUGCUUUUGGUGCAUCUUUGGCUUAGUUAAAUUGAUAAUGUACCAGUUCUCUUGUUAUGAAAAUUGUUUUUUUUAAAUAAAAUUGUUUAUAUUAGUAUAUUAAUUAAUUGAUAUUUUUUAUCUUGUUCAUAAGUUGAAUUUUCUCCAAUUUUUUUUUUCUUUUUUUGGCAUCUAUAUAUUUUGUGCUUUCAGUUUUGUUACUGAUGAGAUUCAAGAGCCUAUAUAUCUUAUCAAUAAAUAUAUAUAUCUUAUCAAACAAUCUAGGGAAUUUCAGUUAAGAAAACACCCAUAUUUUCCAUGUUGUUUGUCUCCUUCCUUCUUCUGUCUUUGCUCUUCUUCUUUGUGUGUUUGUUUCGAAAUUUAAAUCUGCCCACAUUGGUAUGUAAAAAACCAAUGAUCCUCCAAAUGCAACCAAAGAUCUUGUUUCAUUUAUAUGUAAUUUUCCAAGACAAACAUCACACACACACAGAUAUAUAUAUAUAUAUAUAUAUUGUCUCAUAGCUGAGCUCUAUAUUUCCUUUCACCAUAAACUGCCUCAAGUGUAAUUCUGAUCAAUACUGGCCAAACAUAUUCACUUCAUCUCUUUCUCUUGAAGACUGUGCAUGAAACUCUUUUUCAGAAAGAAGCUCGAUUAAGAAAGGUUAAAUCAGAAUGAUCGCUCUUGAACGUGUUUCAGUUACUCCGUUUCUGAGGCUUCCACGAAGCUGUUAUCUAUAGCAUGAUAUAAGAAAAACAAUGCACACAAACAACUCUAACAACUGUGAGCAUCUAUAUAUUUUAUUCCUAAAACCUAGAGAUAAAACUGACUGUGUUUUAAUAUCUUGCCUGGUUAGUGGUUAUACCAUCCAAAGACACUGCCAAACAAAAGAAAAUCAAGACUUAAGGAAAAGGAUGGGAAUUAGUAACCAACAAAUGGAAAACGUUAAAAAGCCUAAAAAUCGCCUAUAAAGCCGAAAAACCUGCAUUGCAAAUGUUUUGUUUUGGCUACCGUUAAGGGAUUUUUUUAAAAAGGAUUUACAAAGAACCAAUUGAUGUGAGGUUUAAAAAAAAAGACGAAGAACCAAUUGAUGUGUUGGACCACGUGGUUACCCAUCAAAACAAACUUGACCACCCUUAUGAAACUCAUGAUGUGCCUGGUCCUAACUAAACCAAAUCUGUGGAAAAAUGACCACUAAAGGACAAAGAGAAUGCCAAUGUCUUUUACUUAGCCAUGCUUCAACUUGUCAAACUAGCUCUCUGCAUAGUAUCGGAAGCACAGGUUCAUCAAGUAUUCGCUAAAGCUUGUCACUAGUAAUAACAUCGGAAAUAGCCACGGAUGAGCCACUAAAUUUCUGUGGCUAUAAAAAAAAGAGCCACUAAUAACCCACGAUAAAGCCACGAACCCAAAAGACCACGACUUUGUUGAAUCCGUGGUUACACCGUUGCAAAACCAGCCAUGAUAUAUCCACGAAUUAUCAGCGGCUACGGCAGUCACGCUCUAGUUACUAAAUUUAUGUGGCUAUGUUGCCACGAAUUGAUCCUGUAGCUAGUUAGUGGCUAGUUAGCCACGAUUGGCCACCGGACAUUUAGUGGCUAGUUUUUGGUGCCGAAAUUAAAGUAGUUUGGCACACUUUUUAUGUAGCUGGCCCGUGACUCUAUGACACCAUCAACGUCCUGUCACUCAAAGGACAGAAUAUAUUCAAAAAUGAGAUAGUUAUGUAGCCAUUGAAUAUUUCGUGGCUGGUUAGUGGCUACAUUUCAAUUAUAUAAAUCAACGCGGUUCUCGUUAUUAACAUAUCACCUAAUAAUCAACUUCCAAUGUUCUUCUCUUCAUCUACUUCCGAAAGACUUUUUAAGUUACGAAACUAUUAACUAUGAAAAAAUUCCUAAUCACAAUGUCAAGUUAUUUUCAGUCAAGAGAGUGGAUGGAUCAUCAAAUCGAUUCUGAAAAUAAUUGUGUUUCAAGUGAGUUUAUUGAAGGUAUUAAUUUUUUUAUUCAGUUUGCUUGUAAUCAAGCAUGUUACUUGGAACGAAACAUAUUAUUGUGUCCAUGUGCGCGAUGCAAGAACACUAAACAACUGGAAGCAAGAGUUGUAUCCAAACAUCUUUUUUCAUUUACGAAUUUAAGGGACACUAUUAUAUCUGGACGAGUCAUGAAGAAAAACUGUUUUGAUGUUGGCGAAUCUUCAGGAGCAAAUAAUAUCAAUGAUGAAGAUGGAAUGUGUGAAGGUCAAAAUGUCCAUGGCCAUGGCAACUACGGAUAAUUUCGUGGCUAACAGUGGUUAAUACUCUUUUUUUGUCACUGAAAAUUUUAUUAGAAACCUCUAAAAAAAGAAAUAAGCUCAAAGCAAUGCCCCAAAUCAGAAAGUCUAUUACAAAGAGAAAAGACUUGGAAAGCCUUUUUUUGCUAAAUCAUUGGCAACUAAGUUGUCCGAUCUAGAAACAUGAUAGAUAGAUAUUGUUGCAUCACAAGAGGAGAUCGAUUGAAUGUUGUUCACCAUUCCAAUGAUUUUUUUUGAAUGAAAGUUUCCGGAGAUCGCUCUGAUGAGCGUUAAACUAUCGGAAAAAACCUUGAGUGUGGAGAACUCUAAGAUUAGUGCCAUGCAAAAUGCCGAUCGAAACAUGGUGGCCUCUGCAACAAGGGUAUGAAGCCCUAUUUGACUUUAUUUGACACUGAAACAUACAUGAACCGCUUUGAAUCCACCAAAGCUUAUGAAGAGACUAGGUGAAUCUUCGAUAACAUGCAUGUGAUUUUAUGUUUUUAAGCUUAUAAAGAUAUAAAUUUACCGUUUUAUUUUAUCAGAUAACACGUGAUUUUAUGUUUUUCUUAUUAUGUACUGUAAAUCGUGUUUACAUACUUGCUUUCUGCCGUCGGGAAAAAAAAUUGGUUGUUUUCUGAAAGUUAGAAUCAUUUUUUGGGUCAAUUUUAAAGUCAGAAUCUCAUAUAUGACAAUUUAUGGAAUGAAAUAUAUUUUGGUAAAUGUAAAUAAACAGAAUAACUGUAUUAUUGGGUGGAUUAAGUGGCCUUUCGUUGUUAAAAGAGUGGGCUUUCUAUUUGGAUCCACAUAAAAAUAAAAAAAAAUAGAAAUAUCAAAGCCAGGUUUCGAUCCUGGGACCUGUGGGUUAUGGGCCCACCACGCUUCCGCUGCGCCACUCUGAUAUUUUUGUUCAAUCUUUUAUCGUUAGUAAACUUUACUUUUAUCAAAACUCCAUUCAACAGGAGUUCAGAUCACUGAAGUUUGCAUGCUACCUAUAAUGGAGGUUUUAUCAGUUUACAGGAGCUAUGCAACCACCUUCGUCAGAGAAGGAAAAAAAGAAGAGCGUGAAGCUGUGACUGAAAGUGAUUGUCUUCAAGCUAUGCAUCUCCUCGUCCUCAAGAUCCUAAUGCGUAAUAUAAUGGGCAGUUACAGUUUCUAUAGCAACGGCAGGUAACUCAACUACAC